ACCUACAGAAGAUGAAGCUCUUCUGCCUGCUUUUACUAGCCUGUGUUGCUGCGGAACAUUGCGAUAGACCCUGUCCCAUAAAAAAUAACCCCGGAUGUGCCAGCAGGGAUAACAAAUGCUAUUAUACCGUUCGUCAUCCAUGUAUUUUGCAGGCAAUCAACUGUUAUCGGAAAACGAAACGCUUAUCUGCUUUGAAACCCAUUUCUCGCAGCAAGUGUACUAAAAAACAAGUUCCGAUUUGCGAUAAUAUUGAUACAUCAUAA